GGAUGCUGCUGUUAGCUUCAGCGGUGGAUGAGAGAAAAUGAAGUUCACACACACGGCUCUUAUAAAAGUUAUGGGAGGAUUUGCACCUGCGGUCAAAAUGGCGAGAGACAGAAAGUGCAUCCUCUGUGAAACGGUUCACGUGUCCAAGCAGGAGAUGGAUGAGCACAUGAGAAGUAUGUUGCACCACCGUGAGCUGGAGAAGCUCAAAGGCCGGGACUGCGGACACGAGUGCAGGGUGUGCAAGGUAACCGUGGUGAGCCUGACAGAUUAUGCCAGCCACAUUUCCAGUCCCACGCACAAGCAGAAUGUGGAGGCUGCGGAACAAAAGCCCGCUGGGAUCGAGCGCGACGAGGACUACUUCGACCAGGCUUUGGUGGAGCUGAUCGAGAGGAGGAAAGAACAGAUUCGGAAAGACAAGGAGGCUGCUGCUGCAAAACGUGCACAAGAAGAAGAGGAGCGAAAGAAAAAGGAGCAGUUUCAGACGAGACUAAAGGAAGCUAAAGAGCGUUUCCGGCUCCAGAAUGGCUGGCAGCAGCCAUCAGAGGCGUGCAGUGGAUCCAAUCAGCACAACUCUUGGUACAGGGGUAACCGGUAUAGCGCCAGACCAGGGGAUGCACGACCCUGGCACAACAGUCAACAGGGAAAAAGUGCCACCUGGCACGCUCAGGAGCCUCCUAACUUUCAGAGAUGGGCGUCGGGAGAGUUUCAGGGUGGAAGCUUGCACAACCAGGGAGCUUUCGGCAAUAAGCAGUGGUAUCAGGGCGCAUUUCCUGGCAGUCAGCAAAGUCGACUGCCCUGGCUCAGCAACGCAGGCAGCAGUAAUGGGAUCUAUGGCAGAAACAAUAUUUCUCAGUACCCACAAAGGAACCGACCUGUGAGCAUGCUGGGACCACCUCCCAUGUAUCCACCUCCACCAAGUUUUUUUACCAAUACAGUUAAACAAUUGCAAAAUACAGGCAGUGGACAGGGAGAUCAGCAGGGCGAUAAGCUUCAGAAAGGGGAGGAACAAAAUGCAGAAUGUGAUCACAACAGCACUAAGAGCUCAAAGAGCUUUGGUAGCAACCCAAAGCUGGACAAAGUGUGUCGCUGGUCACCCUAUCCAGUCACGAAGGGUUUUGAUUCUGUACUCCACAAAGACACCCACUCAAACUCCUCAGAGAAGUAUCCCAAAGUUUCCAAACCCCCGAAGCAGGAAAAAGCGCCAGAAACCAGUGCCUUUAUCAGGCAUUCCCGACCUGAACAGAAACCAGGACAAUUGACCUCUAGUGGACAAAGUGUGGAAGAGAAAGGGAAGCUUAAAAAGAGUCCCAAAAACAAGCCCAGAGACAGGAGUAGCAGCGGCAGUAGAAGCAGCAGCAGUACUCUGAAAGAAGGCCAACAGAACUCUUCAUCUGGUUCCUCCAGUCAUAAGGCAAAUAAACCAUCACUGCUUGAAGAUAAGAAGCUUUCCUCAGUUCCUAGUCUCAACAGUGGAGCUCCACACAGUAAGAACUCCAGUCAGGUGCAUCCACAAUCAAAGUCACCCACAAAGCACAGUGCAAUCAGGGCCCCUUCUAUUGGGCCGCUGCAGUCAAGGCAAGAACGGCAGCUCCCAGAAACGUUCAAGAAAGCCAGAGAGAUCGUUCUGGAAAAGAGGGGCUCUUUGGAUAGCUCCAUCAACAACAAGCUGGAAAUGACUCGGCAGGCUGUGGAGGAGCAGCUGAGGGAUCAUGCACAGAGUCAGGUCGGUGUGAACAAAGAGAACAGCUGCAGGCAGAAUGCAGCUAAACCAACGUUACUCGACUCAAUCAGGCCCUCCCCUCACGGAGAAGAGAAAGAAAAGCUUGCAUUGCCGUCGUCUUCGGACAGCAGCCAGUUUCUCCAGUCGCUGCAAGUCAGCACCUCCACCUCAGAGAGCUUAGAGCCUGCAACUUCCAGCAGGGAGGAGGAGGAGAACAGGAAGAACGCUGAGAAGGAAGCUUGCUCAGAGGCUCCGGGUGAGGCCAUGCAGGCUGUCGAAGCAGGGCACGGUUCAGAGAGUGACGCCUCCAGAAGUGACGAAGCACAAACCGUCUCGGGGUCAAACGCAUCAAGUCUAUCCAAACUCGAUCUGCCCCCUGUGUUGAAACGAGACCUGACCAAACACAUCAGCUCCAAGAGCAAAGCAGGUGGCCACGAGCCCAAUCUGAACUUUGCUAGACGAGUCCGUAACGUGAGCGAGUCUCGGAGAAGUGACACCGAGAAGGAUUCGGGCCUCAAACCAACUGUACGGCAGUUAAUCAGCUCCUCUGGAUCUCGACGCAAUGUGAACUGGGAACAGGUCUACCAAGAGGUCAGGAAGAAGCAAGACAAAGGAAAAGGCAUGCCGAGGUUCGGGAUAGAGAUGGUGCCGUACGACCAGGAGGACCAAAGCCAGGAGGAAGAUGACAUUCCUCUGCUGGAGGGUUUCCAGUGGGAGUCACUCAUGGACGUUUCCGGCCAGGCCGCCUCCCGCAAACGCUCCUUAUCAGAGAGCAGCCUCGCUCCUGCAUCCGCUCACACCUUGUUUCCAUCCCACCUGUCAAAGGAGACGACACAAAGAGAAAGCCUCAGCUCAGAGCAACAGGGAUCCUUAAUGUCUCCCAAAUCAUUAUUCGCCAAAGAGAAAAACAGUCAGCAAGAGAUGGAGCAGAUGCUUGGUCACUAUGUGUCCAAAGCGCAGAUGCAGCCAGAAAAAUUAACGACAGGGGCGGUGAAGGCUCUCCAGAGGUCUGACUCAGUGCUCGGGGACAGCAGUUCGGGGACGGAGAUGUUGGACGGUCAGGGAACAGGGAAGAGGAGAAGAGGAGCUGCAGAUGUCCCAAGCCCCGAGACGUCUUGCUUGGAACACAAUAACAAAAGAAGGAAGAUCAAAUCCAAAAGAGAGCGUUUUCAUAUUGACCAGCUGCUGGCUGUGUCUCUGCGUGAGGAUGAGCUGAGUCGCUCCCUGCAGACUGUGGACACCAACCUGAUCCAAGCCCGGGCUGCAUUGGAGGCCGCCUACAUAGAGGUGCAGCGACUCAUGGUGGUAAAACAGCAGAUGACUACAGAGAUGAGCACACUAAGAAACAAACGCAUCGACUUAUUAAAAGGGAUGCAAGGUAGUUUAGAGGUAGCACCUUUGCUCAAAUUAAAAGAAGAAAAGAUGGACGCAGUGGAAUCAGAGUCAUACAUGCCUUCCUCUGUUACGGACACUGCUGCUGGCCUCAGUCCUACUCAGACUGUCCAGCGUGCCUCCCCUCCCUCCUCCAGCCUUCCCUUCAUGCCUGUAGUAAUCAAGCAGGAGCCCCAGUCUCCUGUCCAUGUCAGCUCAGAGCUGGACCCCGUAGAAAACACGACCUACUGCGCUCACAGCACCACCCUAGAGCUGCCCGUCGCUCCUGUUGCAGCGUCUCCACCAGACCCCAUCCUUGACUCGCAGCUAUCUCCUGAAAGAAACCCAGAGUGGUACCAAGCUAACAGACAACAUGAGCGGGAGAGCUUUGGAGAGCAUGUAGACAGCAAAGAGAGCUUGUCAGGACUGGCUGAGACAACUGAAAAAGCCACACCGGCAACACCGAACUGUCUCGCCAGUUUACAGGACUCCAAGAUCUCCCUAAAGCUUCUCUCAGCCAGCAGGAGGAGCUCUGAGGUGGGAAGUGUUGGCGAGUGUUCAACCACACAGUCCUUUGAAACCCCCUCGGUGCCUUCGGUCCUGAACAUGCCGGCCUCUCCCUCCGAAAUGAGGAGCGGCAAGCGAGUAAGGAAGCUAAAAAAGAGGAAGGUGUUGAAGAAAGCUCAAGGGACGGAGCAGCCUGAAAGCAGUGACACCGAGGUGGAUACGGAGGCUUCCCGGCCGAGAUGGCUUAAAACGCGCCGGAGACCCAGUGGUGGCUCUCAGGUGGCCCCCGCGGAGCUGACGAUGACCUUAGAUUCAGAGGACAGCAUGGAGAUCACUGCAGCCUGUCAGCAGACCCACGUCCAGGUCCCAGACUCCUCCAGACCUGAGCCACUGAGCCUGGCCUGCAAUGAAGUCACUUCCACCAGUGACAUGGACAUAUGUAAAUCCUCUGAGAGUGAAGCGCCACUGCCAAAGAUAACAAAGGCCUCAUCAGAUGCAUCUUCUGACCACGGUGAGGACGAUAUUCCCACCGAGGGAGCAUUUGAUGGCCACCAGGAGGCGGUGAACGCCAUGCAGAUCCACAAUGGACUGCUGUACACGUGCUCUGGAGACCGCACCGUCAAAGCCUUCGACCUGGUGAGCCAUAAAUGCGUAGCUGUGUUUGAGGGCCACAGCUCUAAAGUGAACUGCUUGUUUGUGUCCGCUGCUCCCUGCCUGCAUCACCGCCUGUACUCUGGCUCCAGUGACCAGACCAUCCGCUGCUACAAUCUCAAGACAGGAGAACUCGAGCAGCAGUUCUCUAUGUCAGACCGAGUCAUCUGCCUCCACAGCCGCUGGAAGAUUUUAUACGCUGGUUUGGCUAACGGCACCGUGGUGACCUUUAACCUUAAGACAAACAAGCAGAUGGAUGUGUUCGAGUGUCACGGGCCGCGGGCCGUGAGCUGUCUGGCCUCGUCACAGGAGGGAGCCCGAAGGAUCCUGCUGGUCGGCUCCUACGACAGCACCAUCAGCGUGAGAGACGCCAAGAACGGACUCCUGCUGCGCACACUGGAGGGACACACCAAGACUGUGCUCUGCAUGAAGGUGGUCAAUGAUCUGGUGUUUAGUGGCUCCAGUGAUCAAUGCGUCCAUGCACACAACAUCCAUACAGGAGAGCUGGUGCGGGUCUAUAAGGGCCACAGUCAUGCUGUCACUGUGGUGGCCAUCCUGGGGAAGGUGAUGGUGACCGCCUGCCUCGACAAGCUGGUCCGAGUCUUCGAUCUGCAGUCCCAUGAGCAGCUGCAGGUCUACGGAGGACACAAGGACAUGGUGAUGUGUUUGGCCAUCCACAAGAACAUGAUCUACACAGGCUGUUACGAUGGCAGCGUGCAGGCCGUCAAGCUCAACCUGAUGCAGAACUACCGCUGCUGGUGGAACAGCUGUUCGUUGGUGUUCGGGUUAAUGGAGCAUCUGCAUCAGCACCUGAUCAACGACCACACCUGCCCCAACGUCCAAACGCUCAAGUGCCGCUGGAAAAACUGUGAAGAGUUUUUCUGCGCACGUAACGGCUCCAAGCAGGGGAUGCCCGUGCACAUGCAGAAACACGCUGAGGAGACUGAACUGGAGCCUUAAGGCCGGCGGGAAUAUCGUUUCCCCACCGAGCUCUUCCCUCCCUUUCUUGUUACCUUUACUCCCCCCCCUUGUUAACCUCCCAUAUUGGGGGGGAUCUUUUUGGGACCCACUUAUAACUUACCAGAGCUCCCGUCGAGCCUGAUGAGUGGCGUCUUGACGACUCCAUCCUUUAUGUUCGGUGUUGGAAUCCAACCAUAAUACAAUCAUGAGAGGAGGGUUGGUUGUGCUGUUGUCGUUGUUGUUGUGUUUUUUCUUUUCUUUUUUUUUUACGUUCUACAAACACGACACCCUCUCUUUCUGUCUGACCAUGAACACUGCAGUUCCUGUUUUCACUGACCAAAAUAAGACAAAGAUAAACGUGACUCAUGUUUAUUCAAAGAAACUUCAGUGUUGCCGGGAUCAGAGGAGAACGUUAUGCUUUCUGUUGAAUCUGCAAGUACAAAAAAAACAAA